AUGCCACCGAAAGCGAGCGGAAAAGCCGUCAAGAAGGCCGGCAAGGCCCAGAAGAACAUCACCAAGGGCGGACAAGAAGAAGAAGCGCAGGAGGAAGGAGACAAGGCCAUGUCCAUCAUGAACAGCUUCGUGAACGACAUAUUCGAGCGCAUAGCCGCCGAAGCUUCCCGCCUGGCCCACUACAACAAGCGGUCGACCAUCACGUCGCCGGGAGAUCCAGACCGCCGUCAGGCUCCUGUUUGCCCGGCGAGGUUGGCCAAGCACGCCGUGAGCGAGGGUACAAAUGGCCGUGACCAAGUACACCAGCUCCAAAUAAAUAUAGUCGAGAGCGACUUGCUGUAA